AUGCUUCUAUCCCACUUUAUGCAAGACAAGAAUCUCGAGGCCCAUACUAGGUUCAAGCAGCGCCGCUACAAGUUGCUAAACCGUGCGGCCAAAUGGGGCCAUUUCGAGAUGGUGAAGUACUUGCUCGACAAUCAACCACUGUACGCCGACAUCCAUGCACGGGGCUCCCAUGGCCACACUGCAUUGCUGUGUGCUGCAGAUCUCUACAAUACUCAGUUUCUCGUUCCUUAUGGUGGAGAAAGAGCUAGCGCCGCCAAAAACGAAGCAGUGAUGAAUUUGCUGCUGGAUCGGGGUGCAUGCGCUUCUGAUUCUAUUCCAUUCCGGAAUGACAAGGGGAAGCCAUGUGUUACAGUCUUGACUUUGUCUGUACAGUGGUCAAGCCCAGAGCUAGUUAACAGGCUUAUCGCCAGCGGCGCUGAUCCCAAUACCAUGGUAAUGAGAGGCCCUGGAGGACUGAACUUUUGGAAUCAGUAUGAUUCGUUUAACGAGUUACCCGCGUUGUUCGACGCCUGCACUCACGCCAACUUCAAAGCCGUUGAAGCUCUGAUUGAUUGCAGAGGCGCUGCCGUUGCUGCUGCCGACAUAUUGUCCUUUCGCGACGGUCGAGGAAGUAUUCCUCUCCACUGGGCCGCUCAAGCUGAACUGCCGAGGGAGUUCAACGGCUUCCCUGACCUUAAAGAAAUAGCCCGAAGAAUCGCAAGCACCAUCGGACUACUCCUCAGUCUCGAUCCCACGGCAAUCAACGUUCAAGAUAAUGAUGGAAACACACCUUUACACUACGCUACAAUGUCACUGAGCAGGCACAACAAGCUGUACACACCUGUCUUUGAGCUUUUAUGCAACAAAGGCGGUGAUGUUAGGACAUGCAAUAACAAUGGCGAAACACCUCUCCAUACCUUGUUUCGUCUCCAACGUGACCGCACUACAUUCAACGACCAGGAUCCCGUCGACACAACCGCUAUAUCAAUCAUGCUCGCUCACGGUGCGAGCCCUACGGAUGCUGAUAAUGCUGGAAACACGCCAUUACACCUUGCGGCCUCUAACCUCCACUGGACCAAGGCAGUAUCGUAUCUCCUUGAGCGUGGUGCUGAUCCUGCUCAAGAGAGUUUGAAAAAAGAGACAGCUCUUCACAGAGCUGGUUGCGGUAGUUACAAAGGGUGUAAUCUCCUUACUAGAUCUCAGGAGAGGAUUAGCGCUCAGGAAGAUAUGCUGGCAGUGCUGGUGAAAGCUGGAGGAGGAGAGUUGAUGGAUCGCGCAGAUGCCGAGGGGAAAACUCCGCGCCAGGUUGCCAAGAACACGAGAGAUGAGUGGAUAGCCAAGGAUAUACGUUCAGUCAAAAGCAUGCCUGCAGGUUUCCUUCCAGGACUAUGA